AUGUCUUCGGCUACUACACUUUCCGCCCUAACGUUUGAGCUUAAGGGCCGGUGCUCGAGAAGCAAAGCACGAGCGUCUACGCUCACUCUCCCCCAUGGACCCGUUGACCUCCCGAUGUUCAUGCCAGUGGCCACUCAGGCUUCACUGAAGGGUCUCACGCCGGAGCAAUUAGAGGAGACGAGUUGCAGAUUAUGCCUGAACAACACCUACCAUCUGGGCCUCAAGCCGGGACAGGCUGCUCUCGAUGCCAUUGGAGGGGCGCAUAAGCUGCAAGGUUGGAAUUACAAUAUUCUGACAGACAGUGGUGGUUUCCAAAUGGUUUCCCUGCUGAAGCUAGCCAAAGUCACCGAAGACGGCGUCCGCUUCCUUAGCCCACAUGAUGGCACUCCCAUGCUUCUCACUCCCGAGCACUCCAUCGACCUACAGAACUCGAUUGGUUCGGACAUUAUCAUGCAACUUGACGAUGUCAUUCAGACGACUUCACCGGAUUAUGAUCGCAUGAAGGAAGCCAUGGAGCGCAGCGUCAGAUGGCUAGAUCGAUGCAUUGCCGCUCACAAGAACCCCGACCGACAGAACCUGUUCUGUAUCAUUCAGGGUGGGCUUGAUCUAGAAAUGCGCCGCGAAUGCUGCCGCGAAAUGGUCAAGCGAGACACGCCCGGCGUGGCGGUUGGGGGCCUCUCGGGAGGGGAGGCCAAAUCCGAGUUCUGCAAAGUGGUUGACACGUGCACUGACUUGUUACCACAACAGAAGCCGAGGUAUGUCAUGGGUAUUGGCUACCCCGAAGACAUCGUCGUUGCGGUCGGUCUUGGGGCAGACAUGUUCGAUUGCGUGUGGCCCACGCGGACGGCACGCUUCGGUAAUGCCAUCACCGCUUAUGGUGUCUUGAACCUCAAGCAUGCCCGCUACGCCGAGGACUUUGCUCCGAUGGAGGAAGGCUGCCGAUGUACCGCCUGCCGCCCCAGAGCUGAAGGCGGCCUUGGCGUCACGAGAGCCUACAUCCAUCAUCUGGCCGCGAAAGAGACCGUAGGCGCCCACCUCGUCACGAUGCACAAUGUCCAUCACAUGCUCGACCUCAUGAAGCGAAUACGAAAUGCCAUCCUCGAAGACAGCUACGCCGCCUUCGCGAAAGACUUCUUUUUGAAGUACUUCCCGAAGCAGAAGGGACCUCCGGACUGGGCUGUCGAGGCCCUGAAGGGAGCAGGCAUCGAUCUCCUAGACUGA